AUGGCUGUGCUGAGACAAGUCUCCCAGAAGGCCGGGCCCUGUGACUUCCUUGGGAAGCUCUGCACCACCUCACCCCCACCCCUGCACUGCUGGAGUCUGGGGCCACUCUGGUCUGCAGCCCAAAUCCUGCCUCGUUGUGCGGGGGGCCAGGCUGAGGUUGGAGAGAGGGCCUGGCAGGAGGAGUCUGAGACUUCGCUUCUGUACCCGGACGUGGAGUCAAAUGGAGACCUGCCUGCAGGGCCAUAUCAGGAUAUUGCUGUUCCACGUCAAGGUGAGAAUGACAAGCUAACCCAGCAUCAAAAGCUCCCAGAGGAGGUUCCAGUGCUAGGCUGGGAUCAGAAUCAGGCCCCAGCUCUGUCUCGACCUAAAGGUAAUAAGAUCAAAGCUGUAGAUAUAGAUCUACCUUUGGAUCUUCUGGGAAGCCCAGAUCAGCCUCCAGAGCCCCCUGAGGAGGCUGAAAUGUCCUCAUCCCUGCAGGAGGCCCAGGCUCAGCGUCCAGAGCCCACUCAGGAGGUUGAGUCUCCACCCCAGCAAGAGGGUCCUGCUCAAAAUCCACAGACCCCUGAGACGGUUGACUCUUUUCUGCCCCAGGUAGAGGCCCAGGCUCAGCGUCCAGAGGCCACUGGAGAGACAGAACCACCUCCACUUCAGCAGGGGGCUCUGUCUCAGCCUUCAGAGGGCCCUGAGGAAGUAGGCGCUGCCGUCCCUCUGGGGGAGGGAGGGCUUCAGGAGGUUUUAGCUGAACAAUUAAGGCCUCAUGAGGUAAAUGGUCCCAAUGAAAAUGAAGCUCAGCAGUCAGCCCUGCACAGUGUCACUGUUAACCCUGUGGAUCUAGCACUUACUAUAACUCCAGAGGUCACUAAUGUGGUUGAAACUUCUCCAGUUCCGCAGGAGGCCCCCUCUCAGCCUGCAGAGCAUCCUGAGGAGUCGGAACCUCCUCCAUUCGCUCAGGAGGCCCAGGCUCAGCCUGCAGAGCACCCUGAGUAUGACUCUGCCCCACUCCAGCAAGAGGCCCCAGCGCAAGUUUCAGGGUUCCCUGGUGAGACUGUACCUCAGUUUCCAGCGAGUGAGGAGGCAGCAGCUCGACCUGGAAGUAAGUAUCCAGCUCACUUCAACCCAUCCAGUGUUACACUUAAACCGGUGGAUUUGGAACUUACGGUCACUCCAGAGCCUGCUAAGGAAGGCGACUUUACCACAGCCCAGCAGGAGGCCCUGCCUCAGCCUCCAGAGAGCCCUGAGGAGGUGGAACCUUCUCCUGUCCAAGAGGAAGCUGCGUCUCAGCCUCCAGAGAGCCCCGAGGAGGUGCAACCUUCACUUGAGCAGGAGGCCCAGGCUCAGCCUGCAGAGCAUCCUGAGGAGGCGGAACCUCCUCCAUUCCCUCAGGAGGCCCAGGCUCAGCCUGCAGAGCGCCCUGAGUAUGACUCUGCCCCACUCCAGCAAGAGGCCCCAGCGCAAGUUCUGGGGUUCCCUGGUGAGAAUGCACCUCAGUUUCCAGCGAGUGAUGAGGCAGCAGCUCGACCUGGAAGUAAGUAUCCAGCUCACUCCAACCUGUCAAGUGUUACACUUAAACCUGUGGACUUGGAACUUACGGUCACUCCAGAGCCUGCUAAGGAGGCUGAAAGUUCUCCAGAGCAGCAGGAGGGCUCUGCUCAUUUUCCUGUUUCCCCCGAGCAGGCUGAAUUUUCUCAAAUCCAGUCUAAGCCUCUUUCUCCAUCUCCGGAGCACCCUGGGAAGGUUGAAUCUUUCCCAGGACAACAAGAGGCCACAGCUCACACUACAGGUCCCCCUGAGGGGGUGGGGCUUUCUUCGGUCCAGGAGGAAGCCCCGGCUCAACCUCCAGAGCCACCUAAGGAGGUUGAGAUGACAGUUGGAACACCAGGACAGAAUCAAGCUCAGCAUUCCAGCUCGCCCAGUGUCACUGAUAAACCUUUGGACCUGGGGCUUACCAUGACUCCAGGGCCUCUUACAGAGGCUGGACACUCUGCAGCCCUGCAGCAGAUGACAUCUCAUCCAACAUACAUUGAGGUGACACCUCCACAGGCAGAGCAGGUGCUGGCUCAGCAUCCAGCCAUGACUGAGUUCACAGUUCAACCUCUGGAUCUGGAACUUUCACUAAGUCCAGAACCUGAUACAGAGGCUCGACCUUCUCCAACCAAGCAGGAGACCCCAACUCAGCCUCCAGAGCCACCAAAGGAGGUUGUUAUUGAAUAUCUACCCCAUCAGGAGGUGACCAUUCCAACUUCAAGUAAGGGUCAAGGUCAGCACACAACACCGUCCAGCGUCACACCUCAUCACGUAGACCUGGAGCUAACCAUGACUUCAGAACCUGCUGUGGAGGCUCAACAUGCUACAGUCCUCCGGAAGACUACAGCUCCUCCUCCUGAGGUGGCACUUGCACACCCAGACCUGACUCGAGUCACAGUUCCACCUGUAGGUCAGGGAGAUACCAUAACUCGGCACCCAGGGUCACUGAAGACACCUGCUUCAGCUGAGCCUUCGGUGGUGCAUUCU